AUGAUCUCUUCAGUCCUGAGACGGACUGUUCGUCAGAACACCCUCCUCCGCACCAACCUCUCUUCCCAGAUCCUGAGAUGUUACGCCUCCUACCCCCCGCACACCGUCAUCAAGAUGCCCGCUCUGUCGCCCACCAUGACGGCGGGAAAUAUCGGAUCUUGGCAGAAGAAGGCCGGUGACAGCAUCGCCCCUGGUGAUGUCUUGGUCGAGAUCGAGACCGACAAGGCCCAGAUGGACUUUGAGUUCCAGGAGGAGGGUGUUAUCGCCAAGCUUCUGAAGGAGUCCGGUGAGAAGGAUAUCCCCGUCGGUAACCCCAUUGCCGUCCUCGUCGAGGAGGGCACCGAUGUCAGCGCCUUCGAGGGCUUCUCCGCCGCCGACGCCGGUGGUGAGUCCAAGCCCGCCCCCAAGGAGCAGCCCAAGAAGGAGUCCGAGUCCAAGCCUGCCCCUACCCCCGAGCCCGAGAACUCCUCCGACGACUUCAACAAGCCCGCCGGCAAGCUCGAGAACGCUAUCGAGCGUGAGCCCAACGCCUCCUUCACCGCUGUCCGCCUCGCCAAGGAGAAGGGCAUCAACAUCCGCGACGUCAAGGGAUCCGGCAAGGGCGGUAAGAUUACCGAGGAGGAUGUCAAGAAGGCUGUCUCUUCCCCGGUUGUCGCUGCUCCCGGCGCUUCCUACGAGGACGUCCCCAUCAGCGGCAUGCGCAAGACCAUUGCCUCCCGCCUCGUCGAGUCUACCCAGACCAACCCCCACUUCUUCGUCUCCUCCAGCAUCUCCGUCAGCAAGCUCCUCAAGCUUCGCCAGGCCCUCAACGCCUCCUCUGACGGCAAGUACAAGCUGUCGGUCAACGACUUCCUCAUCAAGGCCAUCGGUGUCGCCUCCAAGAAGGUUCCCCAGGCCAACUCCAGCUGGCUCGGCGAUGUCAUCCGCCAGCACAACACUGUCGACGUUUCCGUCGCCGUUUCCACCCCCACUGGCCUCAUCACUCCCAUCGUCACCGGUGUCGAGGCCCGCGGUCUCGAGGGUAUCUCCUCCGAGGUCAAGAAGCUCGCCAAGCUCGCCCGCGACGGCAAGCUCAAGCCUGAGCAGUACCAGGGCGGCUCCAUCUCCAUCUCCAACAUGGGCAUGAACGACGCCGUCGACAGCUUCACUGCCAUCAUCAACCCCCCUCAGUCCACCAUCCUCGCCAUCGGCACCACCAAGAAGGUCGCUGUCCCCGCUCUGUCCGAGGACGGCACCACCGGCGUCGAGUUUGAUGACCAGAUCACCAUCACCGGCAGCUUCGACCACAAGGUCGUUGACGGUGCCGUUGGUGCCGAGUUCCUCAAGGAGCUCAAGAAGGUCCUCGAGAACCCCCUCGAGCUCCUUUUGUAA